CUUUGUUCUCCAACAUCCAUCACCUUCAUCUGAUGUAAUUUUCUAACCCUAAGUUCCUCACCAUUCAACCUACACCUUCCAAGGUUGGGUUGCUUGGGAGUAACAAAACAACACCAUGAGCCUCAAUUGCCUUUCUUGUAACAUUCUCCAAAGGGUGAAUUCAAAUAACAAUGAUGCAUGUCUCCCACCAGAAGAAGAAUCAAUCAGAUCUUACGACAACAAUAAUAGCAUUAGCAACAACAAUAACAUUAGCAACAACAAUCGCAUCAACAAUAACAUUAACGACAAUAAUCGCAACAACAAUAACAAUGACAAUGGUAAAAAAAGAGUGAGUCAUAACAGGAGCUUAUCUUAUGGGAACAUGACACCAACCCAAUAUGCACAUAGUGGACCUUUGGCCAAGAUUAAGGCACAACAUAGACGCACCAACAGUGAUAGUGGUGUUGGACCAAGAUUGGUAAGGAGCAGCGGAAUGAGAAGAGAUUGGAGUUUUGAGGAUUUGUCUCCCCAACAAAAUGACAAGGGAGUUCAAUGCUAUUGAGGUUUCUGUGUCUGUCAUUAUUCAUAUGUCUCAAUUAUUGGUUGGUUUCCCUUUUUCCAUUUAUAUAUAUAUACCUUGUGUAUUGAUAAUAAUUUGCUGGGUUUGGAAGAAAUUAUUACAUGCAUGUAUGAUCCAUGCAUGCAUGAUCGCCAUGUGGUUUUAUAGUUUUGAUCAGUCUCAGUCUUAGCUUGACAUAUGUAAUCAAGUUUUUCAAAUUUUACUGAAGGGAAAAAUAAUGAAACUGGUUCAUGUUUCACGUAGAGAUUGAUCGAAAUCGUGUAAUAAUUUUUCGUUGUUCUUUUGAAAAUAAGGUGGGAGAAGAAGUGAGAGAUGUAAUUAAAGAAGGGAUUAGUGAGAUGUUCUAGUGUUUAUGUUGUUUUCAAACACUUGACGAAUUUUAUAAGAGGUUUUUUUAUUUUAUUUUUUUCACCAUGAUAAA